AUGUCAAAAUACUUUGCCACUAUGAGCAACACUAUACAGAUCUCAAUGGAGUUCCCUUACAAAGUCAUCGAUCCUAAUUGGGAUGUACUGCUUGUGCUGCGGCAACAGGCAGGCCGGAUCUAUGCAAACCUAGUCAGAGAUGGUGGAAACUUCCUCUCCCUUCUGCCUCUCACAACUAACAUAUCUUUCAUUCUAGACGGACUGCCUCUAGAUCAUUCGAUUGCAACCUCCGAUCUUACGCCCGAGCCUCAGCAAACUGUCGCCUCUCAAUUCGGUUCCUCGACAUCAACACUUGUCAACGAAUUCAUUCACACAGUCUCGAGUGAAAAUCUUCCAACACUCAACAAUGACGGGCCUACAGACCAGACCCACCACUGCAUUCAAAUCCUUGUCUCGUCAAAACACCUUUGCUUCGCCUCGCGUCGCUUUCAGGAAGAGCUCUCACGGCUAGACACCAGAGCAGAACCGGCCGGCCUGCUGCCUUACAACCUUACAAACCUAGACGUCCUUUACAUCCUCCUCAACAUCUUGCAUUGCCGCAGUCGUCAAGUGCCCCGCCAAAUCAACCUCAACCUCCUUUGCAUGGUAGCAGAGUUGACCCAGCACUACGAUUGCCUCGAAGCCGUGGAGGCCUUUGCCAGGACUUGGCUUGAGAAUCUCCACGACUGCUUUCCAACGUCUUGA